UUGAGUCAUUGCUAUCACCGAUAACAAUGCGGUGAGACGGCUAUCUUAUCAGAUCAAGGCUUCGCUCACUGUUCCACGAGAGGCAUAAGGGCAUUCGGCAAGGAACUGACGAAGAAACACGGAGUACCGGCCUUUCAGAGUCGCAGGAACCGCCCGUACGCCCUCGAGUCUUUCAGCCAGGUCUUUCACGCCCACUAACUUCCACGCCCACUUCUCCAUCUAAGCCACGCCCACUAAAGAACCCAGGAUGUCGAGGCCAAGAUCACACAAGGAAGUAGAAGUAGAAUACGAUGAUGACGACGGCGGUUGUGGGAAUUGCCUCGCCAACAUAUUGCAAACGCCGGUGAUAAUAGCGGCCAGCAUCGUCGUUCCCGUGUUCAGCGUGACGUUCGUGGUGAUGGGGGCCAUUUUCCUGAAGGAUUGUAACAUCGAGCCCAUGAUUCCCGUUUGGCUCCUGGUCCAAGGGAUCAUCAUGUUAUUCGGCAUCGGGACGGGAGGAAUGGCGACCCGCAGCUACAAGUCCGGGAAAAGCGUCUCUUUGCCAGUCAAACUCGUGAGCUUUGUCGUGUCUCUGGCAACCUUUGCUUGGUUCAUCGGAGGUAACGUGUGGGUGUACCGCGCGUGGGCCCAAGAUCCGGACUACGCUCACUCCUGGUUCGAGAACGGUUGCAACAAGAGCGUUUUUAACGUCGCUUUCUACGGGGUCAUCAUGCUUGACGCCCUCGGUAUCAUCUCCUUCAUCGUGGGCAUCGUGGCGUUUUGUCUCCGAGGCUGCAGUUUCAGAUAAAAAAAAAACAAAAACAAAAAUAGAUGAAAGAGAGACACAAAUCUUCACGUCUUCUUUCCCCGUUUUCCAGUUUCCCAGCUUUGGUGAUUCUCUCCGUGUGUUGCGCAGGACUCGACUCUUUCAUCUGAAACAUCAAACCCCAUUUCCUUGACUCCCUUUUCCCUUCCCGCCUCCAGUUCUCCUGUGGGUGGUGGUGGGAGCUGGUGCGCUAGAUGGUAUUAUCUCUAUCUCCAAGACAUUUCAGUUUAUUUGCAUACAUAUUCUUAUACUUAUUUUGAAGUAAAGAACGGUUAUAAAUAAAUUGAUUGUUGAUUUUUUUUUUCUAUCUAGUUAAUUUAAGGAAUAUAUUGGCAACCACAAGCUUCGUGUUUUAUUGUAUUUUAUCUUUAAAUUUUCCUAAAUGAACACACUUUAAUCGUCUACUGUUUUAAGUAAAUUGCCAAUAUUCAGGUUUAUAUGAAAUCUGUCUCAAACCAUAACGUUUUAUCUCAUCAAUCUAUUAAUUACUCAAUAAGGCGUGACCCAGGAUUUUAUUUGUUUAUUUAUUUAUUAUUCAUUCAUUUAUUUAUUUCAUCUUAUUUUAUUUUAUUUUUUAUUUAUUUAUUUAUUAUUUUAUUUUUUUUUUUUUUUUUGGCGGUGGUCCCGAGCCUAAAACGAAUAGAGGUUCUUUGAUUUAAGACACGGGCAACUACCCAAAACUGAUGAUAUAUUUUUGUGUAUAUUCGAGUAAUUAAUUUCCAAGGAAGAUUGUUCAUGUUUUACUUUUGUUUCUGCUUAGCAUAACUGUCCUCUGUAUCAGUUCGUUUACUCGAUGUUGUUCUCCUGUUUUGACAGAUGAUAAUAAAAUAAAUGCAUCUA